AACGCAAGCUGAAGUGUGUGAACGUGGCCGCUCACAGGACAAUGCAAGAGAGCUUAAAAGAGUCCUUUGUGUAUGGCUAUACCUACAAUAAUAGUCCAAAGCUAGUGUCUCGGACACUUGGCUUAGCCAUUGGCAUUAACCACUCUGGGAAAUUUGUCUCAUGACGGGAGGUCCAGCAGUGAGGCUGCCAUGGAACCCCACACCGACUCAGGCUGGUCUUGGGUUGUCAUGUUCGGUGCUUUCCUGGUAAAUUUCACAGGGAUUGGUGUCGUGAUGUCAAGAGGCGUUUAUCUGAAUGUCUGGAUGGAGGAUUUAGAGGCCAGUGCAACGAGUACCAGUCUGGUUGUUUCAAUCGGAGCGUUAAUGAUGGCUCUCUUUAGUCCAGUUUCAGGAGCCCUGUGUACCAAAUUUGGACCACGUAUGUUGACAAUAUUGGGUGGAGUACUAAUUAUGGGAGGGGCCAUCGUAUCAUCCUUAGCUUCCACCGUGUCAUUACUUGUCAUCGGCAACGGAUUUAUAACAGGUCUUGGCGCUAGUAUGGCAUUUGUUUCGUCAUUUCAAGGUUUGGCACUGUACUUCAAUCACAAGUUCACCUUCGCUUCUGGCAUGGCAUCAGUGGGUAUAAGCUUUGGCCAUUUGGCUUUCCCACCUCUGAACACCUAUCUCAUUGAUGUGUAUGGCUGGAGGGGCUCCUUGCUGAUCACAGCCGCAGUGAGUAUGCACGUCGCCGUUGCCGGGGCAGUCAUGCGGCCAGUGGCUCUGAUGACGGCAGCCAAUAAGAAGAACGCCGACCUAAAUGCAAAUGUCUCCGAAGCAGAAGUUGGAGUGACCGAAGACAACAGAGAACCCGAUAAUAAUGCUCCCAAACCCCUUACGACCACUCAAGGAAACGGACAAGCUUUGGUGAGAAUGGUUAUUGAACGAAGUACAUCAGACAAUUCACAGCAGUUUUUACGGAUACCACCCGGUGCAGAUUUGCCUUCAGAUGAAGAUUCUACGAAAGAUGACGAAAAGGAUUCUGCGAGGGAUAAUGGAGCGAACGAAUUCAGCCAAGGCAGACGUUCUGGUUUCCGUGACACGCCACACUCGAUCUUUGAAUCCAGCGUACGACGUCUCCUCGUGUUCAAGCACUUUCUGUUUGUGACUUGUGGAAUGAAGCAUUUUGUGCUUACUCCCAGAUUCAAAGUAGUAGUGAUUGUUGGUUUCUGCCAUGGUUUCGGGAAGCUCAGCCUAGUCUACGUUGUCCCACGUGCCGAAACAGUUGGCAUUACCCCGGAGAGAGCAUCGCUUCUUCUGUCUCUCAUUGGUGCUGGCAGCGUUGUGGGCCGGCUCAGCCACGGGUGGUUCAUCGACAGGCAAUACGUCACGGCCGAGAUGACGUUCGCGUGGACACUGCUGCUGUUUUGUGGGUCGAUUUUUCUCGUGCCUGCUUUCGACAGCUUCCCUCCUCUCGGUGUUCUGGCCGUGAUGACGGGAAUCGGAUACAGCGUGUCAGCGUGUCUUCUCGUGGCUAUCGUACGUACCUUAAUGCCAAGUGCUUCAGACACAGCGGCAGCAGUAGGGUUCCUCAUACUGUUCUGGGAUGUUGGUGAAAUCAUUGGUUUAUUAUUAUCCGGUGUCAUUUAUGAUGUCCUCCGGAGCUUUGAUGUUGCUUUUGUGACGGGAGGGGUCGUUCUGCUACUGGCAUCAUCUGCUGCUUUUGUCAUGUACUUUCGUAAGAGAAUGAAAUAUUGUAAGUGUGAGAUGAACCGGGCGGCGUCAAUUUAAACCACAGUCAUUGUUCGCCUUUUAGCGGUUAAGGUGUAAGGCAACCUCGUUGAAAUGCAUCUUCUUUUAUCAAGUUCUAGGUUUUCCCUCUUACUAUGAAUACUGAUGACGAACAACAGAACUAAAUCCCAACAAUAAAACAAAAGGAAUUAAAAGAAAAUAUUUAAUACAUACUCAAUGUAUGAUUUUAAUUUAUACUUAUUCAAGUAUAAAUAUGCAAAUGCCACCAGAGGAUAUCAACGUAAACA